AUGCGGGAGAAGCAUCCCACCACACAGCAGCUGUGUGAGCAGUUGACGAAGGCGGAGAUAGAUUGUAUCUGUGUGACUGGUUUGUAUGACAUGAUGCACCUACUUGUGAUUCGAAUGAAUUGCGGUCUACUGACAGCAUUGGCAAAGCGAUGGCAUAGCGAGACAUGCUUCUUUCAUUUGGCGAUGGGAGAGAUGACGGUGACGUUGGAGGACAUAUGGAGGAUAUUGCAUAUCCCGAUCAGAGGGGAGCUUGUUACAUAUGAUCGCCACCUAGGGACGACAACCAUAGAGAGGAUCUUUGCGGAUGAUGUAUACAUUGAGGAUGGCUUUGUGGCAUGGGAGGAUAUAGCAGCAUUGUAUGAGCCCCUACCCUCAGUUCUAGCAGGUAUUGUUGGAGGUUUACUGUACCCCAAUCGGCAUUCACAUGGAUUGGCGGUUGGGUGGGGUCAAGUACAGAUGGUGACAAAGGGGACCGGCUAUGCAUGGGGCUAUGUGUAUUAG